UCCUGACAUUGAGUAAAAAGUACGUCAGUUGAAAUGUAAAAUUCGUGAAUUGGAACGUAUAAACCUUACAUAUUUUCGGAUUUCAUUUCUUGCUGAAUUAUAUCAAUGACUUGUGUAAAUUCAAUGUUAAUAUAACUUGUGGAUGACUAUUGAAAACCAGAAGUGUUUUUUAGUGCGUGUUUACUGCUAUAUGUUACAGUGACUUCAAAUGCUAAAGAGUAGUGAUUUUAUAUUUUGAUGUGAACUGUUAAAAUUAAAUAAAAAUGAUUCAAGACGACGAAUAUGAAGCUUACGUUGCAACCCCGGAGAGAAUUAAGGCUUUGGGGUUCAAGCCGCAAAAAGAAAUAAUAACAUGUCACUUGUUGCCCUAUGCCGAUAAAAUCGAUGAAGAGUCAAAAAUAUUCCUGGAACAGGUCAAGACAAAUUUAGCGAAGGCAGUCAUGUUACGAGAGAUGAAGCCAGCCUGUGGAGUCUGGUCUUCCAGGCUGAUGAAGUAUAUUCGUAUUUAUGGCUUAAAAUUUGCGAAAGAAGAUCACAUUGCAUUUAUAAAAUUGGCCUACGAACUUGUACUCAUACCAGACUUGGAACCAAGCAAAGUUCAUAAAUUUGCAACGAUGUUUACCAUGUUAACCAAGAAAAGGUAUCUUUUAUCUCCUGAAGAACUCACUCUUCCAUGGCGACCUCUGUAUGAAGUUGGUAUAAAGAUUUUUGAUAAGAGUUCUACGAGUAUUGGAAUGUACCACUACUUAACGUAUGUCAGGCGGAAAUCUUCUGAAAAGCAAGAAGUUUCUAAGCUCGAGAUGGUUCGAAAAUUUCUGUCAGGAUACGGUUUAGAUGACGCACUCGAAUUAUUUGGACUUUCGAUGAGGCAGAACGAAAAUAAUCUCCCCACGUCCUUGGAGGGAUCAUACAUGUCGAUGAUUAAAUGCGCGAGGACGUAUUUCGAAGUGGGUGCAACAAAAGAGAUAUUAGAAGAGCUGCUCCCUCUUAUUUGUCCCUGGUCAUCUAACUCCCAAAUGAUGGGGCCUCUUACGAAUUUUCUGCCGAUAGGACUUCAUCCUAAAUACGCAAAACAAGGCCACGAGCUCUGGUUUGGCCAGCUAAUGGCAUUGUGGGAUUCAUGUUACAAUUCCCAAUGUGGAAUUUCCGAUGUAAUGAUACUCUUUGCUGGUUUGGCUAAAAGAAAUCCAGGCGCGAUUGAUUGGACGCCUCAUGUACCAAAACUGUUUAUGAGAUUCCUUCACGCACUUAACUUACCUGUAAGCUAUAAAGAUAUGCAGUAUUCUCGGAGUCACUCCUUAGAUAUGAAAUGUGUAGCUUCAUGGAUCGUUUGGACAAUAAAUCCAGACGGGGUUGUGCUAAAACAUCUUCGGUCAUUCCUCGCUGGAUUUGAAAGUUAUUUACAUAGUGCUAACUCUGGUCGAUGGUCUUUUAAACUACGUGACCUUCUAAGAAAAUUAGCGAGGGAAUUCCUCAAUAGAGUACGCCGUGAACGCGAGAAGAGGUUCCGUCAAACUUGGGAGAAUAAAACACCAGAAUUGUACAAACUCCGAGACGAAGAUGUUACAGAAUUUGUGAAAAUUGUUCUUGAGCCGACAUUCCAAGCCGUCUACAGUAAGAGUGGAUCUCUUGACAUUUCCAUUGCCUUGCAUAACUUAGCGAUUCUCCGACCAGCAAUAGUUAUACCUCCUUUACUUGAGAAGUUGAAGACUUCAUUAACAUCUUUGACUGAGCCUCACAGAGUAACGGCAGCUAUGUCGGCAGUAGCGGCCGUGGCUCGUCCGAUGCUUCGAGGUGCUGAUGCCGAUUACCCAGAAGGUCCUACCCAUGUAGUUCCUUUCCUAAUGACGGUGCUACCGGGUCUGGAUCCCAACGAUAUUAAAAAGACGUUAGUCACAUUACAUUUCAUAUUAAUAUUCAGCAGUAUGGUACCAUAUAUCGACUGCAGCUCAGCGCACAAGUACUGGCCAGAUCUUACUAAUGAAGAGUUAUUAGUCUGUGAAUCGACUGCUCAAAUGGAAGACUUCGUCUUAAUCUUUCUAGAUAGAAUCUUUAUUAUCAUCGAAUCAUCUGUUCUAGAACAUGCUCGUCUUGAUAUUAAAGAUUCUGAUUGUGUUAGAAGUAAAACAGAUGUUAUAAUGGAAACUGCUAUAUCCUCCGCCGCAACGGCAGUACUGACUCAGUGCUCCCCCAAAAUAUUCAAAGAAGCUCUAAGGAAAUUCAAGUCUUUUGCGACUGGAUCUACAUUUGAAACCAACGUUUCGGGAAGCAUAGUCGGAGUGCUAUUACACGUUUUCGCCCGAAUAAAUUCCGAAUCCACAUUAGCUGCAUUUUUGCCGAAACUUUUAGAAGAGCUAGAAGAACUGACAUCCAGCGACGAGGCUUUACGCGAAGAAAACCCUCCACGAGAUCUUCUUUAUAGAUUAGUUCUAUUGAUGCAUGUCGUAGAUUGUGACGGUACCGUCUUGCUUAAAUAUAUACCGCAAAUACUACCCGUAUUAGACAGGAUAUUAAAAUUACACGCAAAAUACGCAUUGACACGUGCGUGUGAAGUUUUGAGUCAUAUCUUGAACUCGAUGUCUUAUGUAGACUUGAAGGAAUGGAAGAGUUCAUCAGAAGAUUUCGGUAGCGCACCUGAAAAAUGGCUGCCAAUACGGGAAUGGGGGCGGGGUUGUUUGUUGCAAGACACGAACUUUAAGUGGCACGUGCCGUGUGCUGAAGAAGCCAAAUGCGCCCAAAUGAUUUCAGACAGAUAUUUAAAGCACGAGGUGACGAGACUUAAGCAGUGGUUAAGCGGUGAGAGAGCAAUGAGUCGCGAGCGAAGAUUAAGAAGCUUCCAUAUUAUCAAUUCCGUGAUGUCUUGCAGCACAUUUUUGCCACAGCCAAAUGAAGAAGCCAUUACUCUAUUAAAGACACAAGUACCACCCACGAGUAUGCCGUUCGCAAAUGCCGUUCCAUAUACCGUAACUUUGGACGGUGAAAACAUGCGAGUCGCUUUAACACGCCUCUUAUUCGAAGUUCAAGCGAAAAUGCUCGGCGACAAAACUGAUGACACACGAGGCUUGGAAAUGCUCCUUCAAGCUUGGGAGCGCGUGAUCGUCCUGAAAGGCCUCCGCACGGGGCCGGGGCUGGAAGCGCGCCUGCGCUCGUACGGGGCGCUGGAGCGGGCGCUGGACGGGCGCGGGGGGCGGCUGCGGGGCGGGCUCACGGCGUCGGCGCGACUGCGCAUGCUCAUCGCGGACGGGGCGCGCCUGCAGGACGAGGCCCGUAUGGACUUGGUGUGCGACGCUGGAAUCACACCGUCGGCAAUGAAAGCGGUGCAUGCGCUGUACGACCUGGCCAUCAAUACUUAUAGCUCGGUUCGCAUUUUCGCACAAAUUCGUCUAUACUGGAUGCUGAGUCACUACCCGUACUCAUACCGAGCGCUCAUCCCGAGGCUAGUGGAGUUGCUAACGGCCGGAGGUGACGGAGACGAGUGGCACGCUCGUCAUAAAGGAGCUCUUUUCAUGAUGCUGGGACCGAAGGCCGGACCUCUCGUGGCAAAACAAGACUGGGAAAUUGUGGGAGUGCUGUGGCCAGCGAUACUAAAGGCUCCAUUGAGCGAGAAACCAAGUAUACAUCGGUUGGAGCAUGCCUUUAGCGAAACAUUGCAUCGCCAUUUUCCCGCUGUGAACACUCGCUUAACAAUGUCACAAGCUGCCGUGGAUGCAGCAAAAUGUCUUCUGAGUGAGGAACAACUGAACGAUACAGAAUUCAUGGAACAGCUGGAGAAAUCUGUAGAAAGAGAAAUCGCUACAUCUGAUAAAACGGAGAAAGUAUAUAUUCAGCUCGUUAAUGAUUUGGUAACCGUUGCGGAGAAUUCUAAGGGUCAAUGGCGCCGCUUAGAGCUAGCAAUGCAGAUGUUAACCUACUGCCCUCUCGUACAAACCCCGUACCCGCCGCGUGCUGUCCGCCUCAUGGUGCAGUCGCUGCUGCACGACGAUAUCGCCGUACGACGCACUGCCCAGAAACUAACUCACUUUGCGUUAAAACAACGUAAACACAAAAUUAAAAAAAUUGAAGUGGAUCCUUACGAAAUAGCCGGAGUUGAAAGACCGGAAAAGCUUGUACCAGGUUAUAGAAAGGAUAUCGAAUGGGCGAUGUGGUCGGAAGAUAAUGAUAUAUUAACUGAUGAAGAAUGGGACGAACCAUGGUUACGGGACUACAACUACGGCUUCUACGCUUGGCCGAAAAAAAUUAAGGUGGCAGCACCAGUCAGCGAACAAACAUAUUCAAUUGAUAGAGCUCCCGAAGAUAUGGAAGAAGGCGAACGGUACUUGUACGAGUUCUUCAGUGAUGAAGAAAAUAUUGACCGUCUCGUGGCGUUCUUCACCGUCGAGGAAAAGAAGGGCAAGGACAAAUUCAACGGCAUACGUUAUGCCAUGUUUCGGCUGGCGUUCGCGCAGUUCGGCGAGCGCGUGUCGCGGCGCCUGCUGCAGUGCGCCGUGCACUGCGCCGGCGUCGCGCACGAGGCGCCGCAGCGCUUCGCGGCCGAGCUGGCCACGGCCGCGCUGCGGGCGCCGCGCGACUGGCCGCGCGCGCGCGCGCUCGCCCUGCAGGCCGAGGCGCUCGACGUCAUCAGAGCGGGUCUGACGGCGGUCACCCCGGAGACGAUCGAGGACUGGGGCACGUGCGUGGCGACGGGCGUGGAGAAAAUGGACCCGCGGCGCGGCGCCGCCGUGCUGCGCGGCCUGCUGGAGCUGUGCGUGCCGCCGCCUGCGCACGGGGACUCCGACCCCGACCGGAGCACCUCCUUCGUGCUCUGCGCGCGCCUCUACGCCUUGCAGGGUGCUCUUGGAUGUAUGUCAUGGCGGGCGGCGCCAUUAGCAGUUGAAUUGCUAAAGCGACUGGAAUCUGCAAACUUUAUUCAACAUCCCUAUCAAAAUGUCAGGGAAAUUGUAGGCAGCAUUCUUAUGACGAUAUUCGACACCGAGCUGGUGAUCCAAGGCGGAGAUAACGGCGUAGCGCCGUGCCUAAAGGAUUUUAUCGCCUCAGUCGAGCCCAGACUUGAUGCUCUUUACGACCUUAAUGGAGAUAUUGUGGUGAAAACAGCAGUGUCCAUGGGCGGGCAGUGCGGCUUGCGGGAGACUAUCGCAGCUCCCGAAAACCCCGUGGUGCCCAUCACCGCUAUACCGCUCACCACGCUUACCAAGAACAGCCCGCACGUCGCCAGGCUGUCCACAGAGACGCCGAGAGCCGAUCACGCGCACCAGACCGAAGGCAGCGACUCCGCCGAGACGGAGAGCGAAGAUUCCGUCGCUGACAAACAGCUGGUGGAGCAACUCAACAGCGCUCUGCGGCUGUCCGGAGACGUGGCGCCUACGCAGAGACACCACGCGCGAGCCGUCAACCUACUCACUACAGUUCUUCGCGGCUGCAUGGGUGUGAUAGUUCGAGGAAUUUACUGCAACACAGAAACCCAGUACGUACUCGUCACUACUGCGUGCGCGCUUGCGGCGAGAGGUCCUCCGCAGCCGCACGAGGAGCUUCCCCGAGCCGCCGGAGGUUUCCUCGCUAGCCUGGCCUUAGCCAACCACUCCUGCUCCGCUUUCAACAAAGCCCUAGAAGUAUUGGAGACUCUCGCAAAAAGUAGAUCAUGGUGGGCCCGAUUGGCAUGCCUGGACUAUGCUCAGCCGUUACUCUUCUAUGGCCUGCCCAUGUUAUGUGACGCACCAGAGAGAGCCGUUCGAGCCGAAAGAUUCGCAUUGAAGCUUAUGAGAGAUUCUAGAGUUGAGGUAAGACAAUCUGCAGCAAAACUGCUCACUGGCCUAAUGCACUGCCGUGCGAUACCAAAUGAAGAUAAGACACUGAAAUCUCUGAAGCGAAGCUGUCGGUCUGAAGACCUUGUAGAACGCCAUUACGGAGUAUUAGGUCUUUGUGCGUAUUUAGCUUCUCGGCCUUACAGUUUAAGCCCGGAGCUUGGCAAUGUUUUGACAGAAUUAUCAAGACAUACUUGUGCACCGGAUCCCAUACCGGCAACUAUUCGCACCGCAUUGGCAGACUUCCGAAGAACACAUCACGAUGACUGGCCCAAACACAGGGAACAACUAACAGAGGAUGAAUUAGAUCUUUUGGCAGACUUAACUUCACCGCCAUCAUAUUGCGCGUAAAUUAAUGAUAUAAUCUUAACUAAGUAUAUGGAUGUUUAAAAAAUACCUAUUAAAUGGGCAAUUUAUGACAUUUUAAACUUAUAUGGAUAUUAAUCAAUCAUAAAUUAAUCGCUUACUUAAUACUUCAAUUAAUCCAAUUAUAAUGAAAUAUUGCAUGUUAGUAAUACAAUAAACAACAACAUUCGAACUGAAAAAUUCGCAAUUAAUCAUGACAAACUUGCGGUUUUAUUAAAAUUUUGAAUAAAUGUGACAUAUUUAUAAUCUACAAAACAUAAUUAUACUCAUUUUAACUUUUGAAAUUAAAUUGUAAUGAUAACUGGAUAGUGGCCUGGGGAAUCUUAAUGUCUAUUAUAUCUGUGUAGGUGCAGGAAAAUAUGUUAAUUGGUGUUGUUGUUAUUUUAAUUUUGUAGUUUUCGUUAAGACAUGGGUAUAGCAACUUAGCAAAGGUGGAUUUCGGUGGAAAGGUUAUAAUCGUUGGCAAGUUGGAAAGAGCAAAGGUGUCAAACACUUACCCUGGAUAUAUUUUUUUAUUUUAUAUCUCAAAUGUAAAGCUUGAACAAAUAUAAUUUGCUUUUGGUGGUGGAAGGUUUUGCAAAUACCUCAAUAAUAUGUAUAGUUUUCUGAGUAUUUUUUUAUGCAUUUUUGUUUUCAAUAGAAAUAUUUUAAUAAAAUGUUAUAU